AUGUCAGACGACACCCACCACUCUUCAUGGCAUCCUGCUUUGAGGUCUCACAACAGCACAAACGAUAUUCCGAUAGCCCAACCGCAACAAGAACCUCCUGCUGUCCACCAUGAUGCCGACUUUUUCGACAACCUUCCCCCACAUCAAUCGCGAUCCCUCGCCGCAGAUCCUGUGCCUGAAAAUCAUGCCGGGGAAACACAUGUCGACCCCGCGCCACUUGCAUUCGAGGAGCCCAUCGCUGCGACAGAAAGCGUCGAGGGCUUGGGUCCUGUCGGAGAAGAUCAAGUAUCAGAGGACACGCAGCUUGAAGAGACAGCCCACGCCGAGUCACCGAACUUUAUACCCGAGCCAACUCACGAUUUGCUCGAGAAAGCUUUCCACCCCCCGGAGCCAGAGGUCCAUCAAUCUGGUGACCCACCUGUUACUGAGUCAGAACAGGUCACAUCGCAAGAAUCAAAUCGCUCUGCUGUUGAAGAAGCCUUUGGCACUUUGGACAAGGAAGAGGAGGACCAUGUCCGAGAAAGAUACGAGUACCAAGGCCAGAGUACCGCAGCUGAUGAUGCUGUCGACGAGAGCGACGAUGCGCCUCUGAUGCAGGAUGAAGAGAAUCUACCCACUCCUGGUUUCGCUACGGAUGCCCCUGCCGUCAAUGCCCACGACGUUCCUUUCGAGUCCUUCCAUCAGGAUCCCUCAGCUGUCACCGCUGCCGCAGAACACGUUUACGAAAUGUCGACUGAGGAGCCGUCAUUUGCAGCUCAAGACAGCGACGCGUUCGACCCAGAGUCGCAGACACACGACGACCAGUUCGCUGAAGUAUCGACGACCUCCGAGCCUUCGCGAGCAUUAGACGAGGCCAACGAGACCCUGAGGCUGGUGGCCGAGGAGCCAAUCGAAGAGCCGGUUCAGAUGCAAUCUCAGACAUCCGCUGCUUUUGAGUGGGGAGACGACGACCAAACUGAAGAUUUCGGAGCCGUGGUAGGAAUUGUUCCACCGGAAGAGAACAGCGUCGAAUCGGAGAACAUGGCGGCGGGCAGUGGACUUGUCGCCUCCCAGGCGACCGCCCUGACCCAAGCUUUGCAAGAACAACAAGCUCAAGAAGACGCUCCUGCCGAAGGUGAAAAAUCCGAGGAAGACCUGGCUGCCAUGUGGUCGGCUGCUCUGGAUGACGAUGAUUUCCUCGACGACAAUGCUGUGGAUCCGAGUGGCUUCUUCGUUGAGGAUGAUGGUGAAGGCUUUUUGGAUGACUUCGACACGGCUCCAGCUCACCCAGACCAGAUCCUGAGUCCUGAGCAAGCUCUCAGCCCUGGAAUUGCUCCCGUCUUGGACGCUCAAGGGAACACGGUUGGCUUUACAAAACUCGGCGGCCCACAGGAACAGAUCAACGCUCCUGCAAAUCCAUAUUCGCCAGCAGCUCAGCAGUCGAACCCCUACCUGACCCCUGCUCUACCAUCUGUACCUUUGUAUAAUCAGCAACAGCAACCCGUCCGACCAGCCUUGAACAAUGCUCAAAGCUUUGCCGACAAGUCCAAAGGAGGCUACUCCUCCCCCUACGACUUGCCCGAAGAUAUUGUUCAGCCUCGUAGACGUGCUCUUGCAGCUGCCGCUCCUACUCAAUCCAGUGCCCCACCUCCACCCCCAAGAAGCAGCAGUAUGCAAUCUGUUCCACCGAAUGCUCCUCCACCUUUCUCGCGUUCGGCAACCGCUGCUCCCUCAGCAACUGUUGCCUCGCCUCCCAUGAACCAAUCUCCCAGCGUUGCAACUUUACCACCCAAGCCCGCAACCGCAUCAGGUGGUAACAGAUCUGCUUCUGGUUUCUUCGAGGAGCUGCCCAUGGUACCGAAGCCUCGCAACAGACCAUACACCCCUGCUGUCACUGCGCCUUCUCCUGCUCAAGCACCAGCUCAAACCCCUCCACAAGGACCUCCGAUCCGCCCUCCAUCUCGUCCCGUGAUGCCUCCCUCGGCUGCUUCUUCUGGCUAUGGCCUUGCGGAUUUCAGACAGCCUGAAAAGCUACCUUUGUUGCCUGACAUGCAAGCCGCUCCUCAGCAGCUUGAGCCACCUCAAACUUCAGGCCCUCCAGCGAGCUCAAGGUACUCGCCUGCAGCUCAACAGGCUCCUUCGGCGGUAGCACCUCCAGCGACCGGCCGCUUCUCGCCGAUGCCGCCGCCUGCGCCAGCAGCAAAUUCGCGCUAUUCUCCUGCUCCACAAGCUCAGGCUCAGAAUCAAGCACAGAAC